AUGGAAAAUAUUUUCAUUUUCAAAAUUUCAGUUAAAGAAUUUUUGGAACGAGCUCGGGAAGACUUCAAACAACGAUGGGAAAAUCCUUCACAGAAUACGGCGCAAUUAAAUGAUUUUGAUCGGAUUAAAACCCUUGGUACCGGAUCAUUCGGACGUGUAAUGUUGGUAAAACAUAAACAGAACGGGUCGUAUUAUGCGAUGAAAAUUUUGGAUAAACAAAAAGUGGUAAAAUUGAAGCAGGUUGAGCAUACGCUUAAUGAAAAGCGUAUACUUCAAGCAGUUGACUUCCCAUUUCUAGUAAAUAUGGAGUAUUCUUUCAAAGAUAAUACGAAUUUGUAUAUGGUGCUCGAAUUUAUUGGUGGUGGUGAAAUGUUUUCACAUUUACGGCGAAUAGGUCGUUUCAGUGAACCGCAUUCUCGUUUUUAUGCAGCACAAAUUGUUCUUGCAUUCGAGUAUCUUCAUUCCCUCGACCUCGUUUAUCGAGAUCUCAAGCCUGAGAAUCUCCUUAUUGAUAAUACUGGCUAUAUCAAGAUUACGGAUUUUGGUUUUGCAAAACGUGUAAAAGGACGAACGUGGACUUUAUGCGGAACACCAGAAUAUCUUGCACCAGAAAUCAUCUUGAGCAAAGGUUACAAUAAAGCGGUCGAUUGGUGGGCAUUAGGUGUACUUAUAUAUGAAAUGGCUGCUGGUUAUCCUCCAUUUUUUGCUGAUCAGCCGAUACAGAUUUACGAAAAAAUUGUUUCUGGAAAAGUGAAAUUUCCGUCGUAUUUUUCGAACGAACUCAAAGAUUUAUUGAAGAAUUUAUUGCAAGUCGAUUUAACGAAAAGAUACGGUAACUUGAAAAAUGGUGUCGCCGAUAUCAAAAAUCACAAAUGGUUCAGUUCAACAGAUUGGAUUGCUGUUUACCAAAGAAAAAUAGAUGCGCCAUUUUUACCCAAAUGUCGCGGUGCUGGUGAUGCAUCCAAUUUUGACGACUAUGAAGAAGAACCAUUGCGGAUUUCAAAUACCGAGAAAUGUUCAAAAGAAUUUGCAGACUUUUAG